AUGGCACCGCUCCUAUCCCGAAAGAAAGAUUUGAUCUACCUCGUGUUCUUCACAAUCCACAUCCCUAUUGUCUUCCUCGUAGACAUCUACCCCCUCUACCCCCCCUCCCUGAUCCCCACCUUCAUGACCUCUCUUCGAACCUGGUACAUCGCCACCUACCGCGACGCAAACUUCGUCUCCCCGCCGGCGUGGUUCAUGUUAUAUUCAUGGCUCGAACUCUUCUAUCACGCACCCUUGUCCAUAUGGGCCAUUGGAGCACUUCUCCGGGACGAUCCUCGGGUGCCAGGACAUUUGCUGGCGUAUGCGAUGCAGACGGCUGUCACGACGGCGACGUGUAUUGCGGAUUUUUUGAGUUGGGAGGAUUUGAGUGGGAAGGAGAAGGUGGAGUUGGGGAAAUUGUAUGUGCCAUAUUUGGCUGUCAGUGUCUUCAUGGGCCUGGAUAUGCUUGGAAGGUUGAAUGCAAAGCUGUCUUCUGGACGUCUGGUUGAUGGGAGAUUGAAGAAGGGAAAUUGAUUGAUCUAGCAAGCUCGGGGAUGGGAAGGAGACCGUAUACCAAGCCGUACUCGCGUAUGCUGGCCUGCUGACAAGGUGUGGUGAUGGUGAUGGUAUUGGUGGUGAAGUGGUGGUCUAGAAGCACGAAACUAACAAGGCUAGGAGGUAGGAUGUACAUCCUAUGCUUUUGGAGCUCUCAAACAAUUGC